UUGUAGAACACAUUUGUCUCUACAUUUCGUCCAUACAUCAUUUUCCGCUCAGACUACGCUAUCACUCCCAUUUUGCCGUUUAAGUGUGAAAAAAAUGAUUUUUCCCAUAAAAACGCUUUGAAAUCACUCAGAUGCCAAUUUGACUGCCUCUACUCCACAAAGACACUUAAAAUAGGGUUUUAAAUGGAAAGUCCCACAAAAUACAACAAUUCUUUGAAAUUGUUGAAGCUCAACAAAUGACUACUUGGGGCACUCUGGAUGAAAAAACGAGUUAAGAAACAAAAAACCUCGCUUAUCUUGACUUCUGAGUAAUCGAUGAGAUCAUGUUCUAUGGGAAAAUUAUAGAGAACAUUCUGGUCUACAUUUCACCCAUAUAUCACUUUUGUGCCAGUUCAUCCAAAUCCUUGAUAUUUUGGUUUAAAUACAAAAUUUGUAUAAUUUCACGAAUUUGAUUCAAGAUAACUGAAUGGCGUCUCCCAACUUCAGCUCUAAAUCGAAUUUGCAUGCACUCCGAGUUAGCUCACGUUAAGAAUCUCACCUACAUAAGCCGGUUAGGAUUAUCUGUCCCUUUAGUGUUCAAAGGAUUCAAAGUUAAAUUUUUCUAAGCGAUCCUAAUUUUAAUAAUAAUCUUUAUUUUUACUAAAAAUUUCAAAAGUAGUCUCGAAAUAUUUUAAUUGAUAUUUUUUUUCUUUUUUAGUAGAUUUCCAAGCCUUUGAAACAUUGGACACUUCCUAAUUUUGCUAAUUAUUCGAGAUUUGUUUAUAAUAAGAUUGCCAUCUUGACGAAAUGUGUGUUAAAAUGCUUAAUUUUGUUUUAUUAGAAGGUUAACUCAAUUUUCGAAGGUCUUGAAAACUCAGAAUAAUUAAUUUUGGUGUUUUUUUUUAAAUUAAUAAAUCAUAAAUUAGCCUAUAAUAUCCAAUUCUAAAUUAACUUCUUCCACCUGAAAAAAAUAGAAAAGUUAAGCCUUAUGGCUAAAUCUUAUAUCAGAAACCUUUAAUACAUUAAGAGUUUAGGAUUAGGAAUUAUAUUAGAAGUUUUCUAGAUAAAUGUCCUACUUCUUAAUUUUUUACCGCUAAGUUUUACGGACGAAGUAUUCAUCAUCAACCUGAGUAUAUUUAGGCCUUAGUUCCUAGCACAAAAGCUACAAUAUUACUUUGUAUUGUUUAAAUUUUUAUUUUCAUUUAUUCAACAAUUUAUUCAAAAUCGCAGAAUAUGAAAUUUUUGUAAUCUGUAUUUUGAGUCACAUAUUAGUAGAAUAAAACAUAAAGUUGCAAUAAGAUCCAAAUGAUUUUAGGCAAUUCUUUUUGAAACACAAUAAAUUGCUAUUUUAAUUAGUAUCAGUCCUGUUCAAAAACACGCACAAUAAAAUAAAGCGAUCGUUUCCUAAAUACUCAAAUUUCGACACUGACUGUGACAACUAUAGCGAAGUUCGAUCGUCAACAUAUUUAAAAAUUUGAUAAGAAAAAUGCCAAAAUAUGGAGUUGGAUGAGUUGGAGGCAUGCAUAAUAAAUUCAUGAAUUUCUUGUAAAACUUGUCGGUUGAAAUGUGGCAAAGCAUCUCAGCUUCGCGAAAUGCUCGAAAUCAUGACUUUAAUAGUGAAUCUUUUUUAGAGACCCAACUCAUGCGAAUAAAACAUAUGGUUCUCUGAACUUUUCCACUUCCCCAUAAUUUUUAGCUUCACCGAUUCAUAAAUCGAUUGAGCAUGUCUGUUUGAUCACCUCACAGUUUCUAAUAAAUAAUUUAUGCAUUUAAGAUAAUUUAAUUUCUGAUAAAACCCAAUUAUAUGUUUAACCAGUUGAAACCGGUUCAGAUUUAAAAAUAAUAAUUUAGUCUGAAAAAAAAGUUUCGUUGAGCGGUCAAAUGAAUCUUGUCAAUAUGUUGCCAAAAGGAUGUUGUUUUCCAAUUUGACAAAACUUUUUCUCAAAUUUAAUGUAGAAAAACAUUCAUUUAACAAACUUUGAAAAAAAAAUCAGUUGGCUGCCGAUUUGAUAAAAUAUUACUAUAUUUUAUAUGGACAACCAUCCUUUUGACAAACUUUUCUUGUUAAUUUGACAAAAAAUUUUUUUAAGUAGUAAUUUUAGGAUAAAUUAUGACUCCAUUCUUACCCUAAUCAGUUAAGAAAAGCAUUCUUUAAAGUUGUUAAUAUCUUUUACCUUGAACAACCCUUGGAAUAAAACUUUAACUUCAAUUCAAUUUGUCUCGAAACUUCAGAAUUCUAAAAAUUUUCAAUAUCUAUACAUGUACUGUACAUAACAAAAAUCUUGAAAUUAUAAAUUCAAUAUUGCCUUAUCUGGGAGUUCGAGCAAUAAAACUAUAAUAAAAUUUUACCUACACAAAAAAAUCAUUUUAGAAACACCAUGUGUGUGAAUAUUUUGGAGUCUUGAAAUAGGUACACAAAAUUUAAUUGUGAGAUCAAAAGCACACAUUAUGAAACAUUAAACACGUAAGUAAAUGAGCUUGUAAUAUAUUUUAAACCAUUGGCAAUGACCUUGACUUUUGCAUUUCAACUGGAUUUCCUAGAUCGUGAAAAAUUUCUAUUAAAUUAAUGAAAGUAAACCGAGAAAUUUAGAUAGAAUUGUAAAUAUUUUGAAUAAGCUUUUUUGGAAUAAUAACAAAGAAUAAUGCAUAAUUAAGUAAUUGCUCGAUUUUCAGUUAUUGACUCACCCUUAAAAAAGUAAAAUUCAGAUAUUUUGAGAAAAAUAACAUAAAUCUGCAUUUCUGUACAUUCAUUACCAGUUCUUAAGGUCAAAUACUAAAAAAAUAUAUUUAUAUUGUUUUGGUGUUUUCGAGGAACUCCCCAUAAAUUAACCAUAAGAAACAAACGAAAUUCUUAUUUUCACUUAUGAUUGUUCUUUUCUCUAAAUUAAUUGUGUAUGGGGAUAUCCCGUAAUUUUGUAUUACGGAUCCCUAUAUCUUCUUCAGACUCAAAGUUUAGUAACAGCGCUCAGAUUUAAGUUAAGUUACACUAAGGAUGAGGGUAAAAUUAUUUCAGAAUCUAAGAACAUUUUAGAUAAGCCCCCGGCCUCAAGAUCGUAUUACAACUCAAAGCUUAAAUGAAUCAAACUCAGAGCUAACGUCCCAGUCUCAAAAGAAUUGUUUUUAAGUUCUGAGCAACACUUAAUCAUCCUCUUUGAAUAUAAAAGCAUGGUAUUGUAAUUAAUCGAUACAAAAAUAAAACAAAUUAUUUGACUUCUCAUCUUUGUAAAGCGAAACAAUAAAAUUCCCAAGAUUUUUAAUCACGCGUGGUACUUAAAUCCAGAUAUAAUCAAUACAAUACAUAAAUGUAACUAUAUCUAUUUCAUCAAAUUAAUGAAAAAUCACACCCACGUGUUUUAAAUGUGCGAAAUAUAAAAAAAAACGCUGCAAUUUCUAUUGUGUUCUAAAAUUGCCUAGGAUGUAGAAAUAAAGAAAAUCUAAAAUAAGUUUCCCUUCUUUGAAAUAUUUUUUAUUUAAUUUGAUUGUCAUUUAGUUUUGAUGCAUUUUUAUCCAUAUAUCAAUUACUCUAAUUUUUCUUACAAGGGAAAAAUUCACAGCUUUUUAAAAUGCAUAUAUGUACAUGUACAGUGGGAGUCAAAAGUUUGUUUGCUAAUGUACCUAUGUUAGUGAAACCAAGUGAAAAAAAUGAUAAGAAAAAAUUAUUUUUUCAAAUUUUUCUUUAAAAUUUAGCAUAAAAUUUGACUAUUUUAUGCAUAUACUGUCAUGAUUUUCUAUAAAAUAUAGCAAUUGUCGACGCAGAUUUAUUUCGCCAAUACCUCUAGACGAUAUUCCUUUUUUUAACUUUUUAUAAAUUUCAAUUUUUAGCCUAAAUUUUAAAUAAUCAAAAACUGAUUAUUUCUUAUUAUUUAUCAUCACUUUUAUAUAAAUAGGGUCGGAGGAACGUCUGUUCGACAAGGAACCCCUAUUGACACUUUUGUCAAAAUGUUGAAAAUUCUUUAAUGUUUAUAGUAAAAUAUAAGUAAUAUAACGUUUUUUCGGUAAUAUACCUUUUACUAUAAACAGAGAUGUUCAAAUUUCAUAUCCCAAAUGAUAAAGAGUAGGGUGUCAAAAGGUGCUGACACGAGUUCUUAAAGUGUCAAUAGACGUUCCUUUCACCCUAUCUUUAGUAUUGACUAUUGACAAAUGAUAUAAACUCAAAAUAUAACUAGGGAUUACAUUAAGUUGAUUGCAAUGUUUUUGACUAUUUUUUAAAUACUUUUCCAAAUGAGGCAACAAACUUUUGCAGCAUUAAAAAUUAUUAACUUUUAGAAAACAAUUUAUUUUUGAUAUUAAAUUAAAUGAGUCAUUUUUUUAGUACGUAAAUAAGAUCUGCGAAUUGCGGGGAACUAAUUUUCAAAAAGGAAAAUUUGAAAAAGUAAUUUUUUUCUAUCUUUUUUACCACCUUGUUUCUCAAACAUACAUUAGGCAACAAACUUUUGACACUCACUGUAUUUAGGUAAUUCUUAUGAAGCAGCAAAAAAAUCUAAAAUCUCUAAACAAAACUGAACCGGUUUCAUUUGGUAAUUAUUAUUAAUCGGAUUAAUCGUAUCGAGGCACUUUAUUUGGUAUUACAAUGUAAUCAUUACAAGAUGCCUCGUGUUGGAAGAAUCUGCUGAUCAUAGAUCGCCCAGGAACGCCUUCCCCGUAGUGAAUGCUUCUUCCGUGCUCCUGAAGGUUUGUGGGCAGAGGCGGUGAAUUUUAUUACGUAUUAUCACAGUGAAAAAUGUCUUUUUCUCUACAUUCAGUUGAUUGCACCGGGCCGGCGGGACUCGAACUCACAACUUUGAGAGUCGAGUCAGAGAUCUCGUCCGCCCAAGACUAGCUGUCUUGCCUAUUGCACCACUGAGAUCCCCAGUUGGUAAUGAAAUGAUUUUUAAGCGUUAAUUUAAUAACACCAACGUUCUUCAGUAUACACGAUUCACUUAAGACAAAAGCUUUAUGAAGUGUUUAAGCGAUCUACGUAUUUUCCUUCUCCAUAAUUUUUUUUAAUUAUUGGAUCUUAACAAAAGUACUUUUUAUAAUAUAUAAAUUAAAAUUUAUCGUCAUACAUUAUCGUCAUUAAAAAAAAAUAACAAUUAAAUUGUAAACAUUAUUAGGGUAUCAAAAAGUCUAUAAAAUGACUGGACUGUAAACCAUAUUAUAUGGACUAUAGUUUGUAUUUAAUUUAAUUUAUUUAUAAUCUUAGAACAAUAUAAGGUAAAUUGUAUAAUACCUUUUGGUACUAAGGAAACUAGUUUCUGAUUCCCCAGAAAAGCUAUGCAAGCCAUUGUGAGGAGACCUCGGCCUCGAGGCAGACCUAGGACAAGGUGGCUGAAUCAAAUUCAGGAUCUUGCAUGGGAACGCCUUGGGAUCGAACUCGAACAUCUUCCUGAAGUGGCGGAGGACCGACAGGUGUGGGCUGUUAACCUUGGUGUCAUGGGCCCGCGACCCCAAUAGGGAUAACCGGUUGAAAAUGAAUGAAUGAAUGAAUGAAUGAAUGGAAACUAGUUUCAUGACUUAUUAAGAAUUCUUUCAGUACCAUCUGAAAUAUAAAAUUGGAAAAUCUCUCUUUAUAGGAAAAGGUAGAUUAAAGAAAACACCACAAGCUACUUGCAGUUUAUUAGAUAUAUUAAAUAAAUUUUAAUAUUUUGACAAAACUAUGCCAACAAGUUUUCUCUUCCCAAAAGACCUUCCUCGAAGCCUAAGCUUCGAGGCAUUAUACUCUGCCAGGCUAAGAAGGGAAAUGGAAGGAAGAAAAAACAAACAAUAGUCAAGCUUAAUAAUUACCACAAAGUACUAUCCUAGUAAUUAAAAGAAAAUGCAAUAAAAUAAAGCAAAUGAAUACUGUUGUUAACUAGAAAAACGCUCAGUUGUUAUAAAUAAGUGGAAGUGCAUUAGGAGAGUAUUUAAGUAAAUUUAUAGAAUUGCAUAUAACAUCUACUGAUUUUAUCUGACGCAAUUUUUCUAAAAUAAUAAUUUACCCUUUACCUCUAUAAAAUGAUGCAAAACGUAAAGCUUGUGUCUGAAUCAGUGCCACAAUCUCGAUAAUUGCCGUUCGGUUUAUUGAGAAAAAACAUACUCCUUCUUCUUAAUGAUCUUACAAAAAAAUUACUCGACACAAUGAGAUUUGUUUUGCGGAGUCACUCUAAAUAGCUGGCACAAAAACAUUCUAAAUAUGUAUUUUGUCUGCAAAAAUCAUAAUAAUUCACAAAUACAUUCUUAUCAACAAUAAAUAAGAUUAUUUUCAAAAAAAAAAAAUGUAUAUAUAGUCAAGCAUAUAUACACGCUUAUUAAUCUCAAAUCGUUGAAUAAAAGCAAAAGUGUGACUUGCUGUCUGUUUCAGUUCAUAAAUUGAAAUUAAACAAAUAUGAGUGAGUUAUACGCAGAGGUUAUUCUUUUCGCGAUUCCACUUAUUAUUUUCUUCCUGAUAGUAGAUUAUCAGAAAAAACAAAAUGUGUUUAAGGGUACUAAAUUUCGUGGUCCAACACCUCUGCCAAUUCUUGGCAAUGGAUUUGUCUUUUCUGGGAAAAAACCAGCAAAAGUCUUUACUGUUUGUGAAGAACUCGUGAAAACUUACGGGUCAUGUGUAAGAUUGUGGCUGGGAAGUACUCUUAAUGUUAUGAUAUGUGAUCCAAAAUAUGUUGAGGUAUUACUGAGUAGCAAUACUCUUAUCGAUAAAUCAAAGGAAUACACAUUUCUACGCAAUUGGUUAGGAGAUGGAUUACUUCUCAGCACUGGAAAAAAAUGGCACAGCCGGAGAAAAAUCAUCACUCCUACAUUCCACUUCAAGAUUCUGGAACAAUUUGUGGAAGUAUUUGAUCGCCAAGGAAAUACCUUUGUGGAGACUCUGAAGAAGGUGAAGCCCAACGAGAGUGUCAAUAUCUACCCUCUGGUUACCCUCUACGCUCUGGACGUGAUUUGCGAGUCAGCUAUGGGAACUACGGCCAAUGCACAGCUCAACAGUGACUCUGAAUACGUCAGAGCCGUAAAAGACAUUACAAAUGUUUUGCAUUUGCGAAUGUUCGACUUUCUGCUACGGCCAGAACCAUUGUUCAAGAUAUCCGGAAGUGCUCGCCGCGAGAAGAAAGCCAUAAAGGUUCUUCAUGACUUUACAGACCGCGUGAUAGUUGCACGAAGGAAUGAGCUUUUGCAUAAUGGAAAAUCGGAUGAGAAUCGAAACGGACAUACUGGAGAUGAUAGUUUGGGCAUUAGGAAAAAAAUGGCUUUGCUGGAUGUCCUUCUGCAAUCUACUGUGGAUGGGAAACCUCUCACAAAUAUGGAUAUUCGUGAAGAGGUGGACACUUUCAUGUUUGAGGGUCACGACACAACAACAUCAGGUAUUUCAUUCCUCUUGUACAACAUCGCUCUAUAUCCAGAUGUGCAGAAGAAGAUUCUUGAGGAAAUAAAAGAUGUUUUCGGGAAUGAUACGAGAGUUCCUACCAUCAGUGAUCUAAGUAAUUUACAGUAUUUGGAUUUGGUUUUAAAGGAAACCAUGAGACUAUUUCCUCCUGUACCUAUAAUUGGGAGACAGUCAGAAGUGGAAGCUAAGCUCAAUGAUGUAACAAUACCAGCUGGGUCCGGAAUUGCAAUUGGUACCUAUUUUAUGGGUCGCGACCCUGACUUAUUCCCCGACCCAGAAACCUUCAAACCCGAACGUUUCAACGUAGAGCGCAGCGUCGAGACACAGAAUCCCUACAGCUAUGUACCUUUCAGUGCUGGCCCGAGGAAUUGUAUCGGUCAAAAAUUUGCCAUUCUUGAGAUGAAGAGCAUUGCUGUAAAAAUUGUAAGAAAUUUUGAACUAAGUGUUCAUGAAGAGUACAAAAAACCAAUUCUUAUGGCUGAACUUGUGCUCAGGCCAGAAAAUGGGGUUCACUUGAAAUUAAAAGUCCGGGAAAAUUAUUAGAUUUAACAACUUAAGAUGUACUUGGGAAAUGUGUAAGUGUUACUUAAGAUUUUUGUACAAAUUGUAUAAUUUUAUGAGGAAAAUGCAAUAAAUUUGAUAUUAAUUGUA